AUGGCAAUGGAGUGUUGCACUUCAACAAUGCUAAUGCCUCCUCCCAGGCCUCCCCUGAAGCCCCUAGAUGAAGCCAAUACUCAACACCAGUCUCUAGUGUUUGAUGCCUCCGUUCUUAAAUACCAAUCCACCAUACCAUCACAGUUCAUAUGGCCUGAUGAGGAGAAGCCCUGUGCCAAGCCACCUGAGCUUCUUGUUCCUCCCAUUGACUUGGGAGGCUUCCUCUCUGCAGAUCCUCUUGCCAUCUCAAAUGCGGCUCGUCUUGUCAAUGAGGCAUGCAGGAAGCAUGGCUUCUUCCUUGUUGUGAAUCAUGGUGUGGAUGCACAGCUUGUCACUGAAGCGCAUAAGAACAUGGACUUCUUCUUCAACAUGUCACUCUCUGAGAAGCAAAGAGCUCAGAGAAAGGUUGGUGACCACUGUGGAUAUGCUAGUAGCUUUACCGGCAGGUUCUCCACCAAGCUCCCUUGGAAAGAGACUCUUUCUUUUCGAUAUUGUGAUGAUGAUCAAUCCUCAAGGAUCAUUGAGAAAUAUUUCUCAAAUGUGAUGGGCGAAGAUUUCAAACAGUUCGGGAGGGUGUACCAGCAAUAUUGUGAAGCCAUGAGCAGACUCUCUCUUGGGAUCAUGGAGCUUUUGGGCAUGAGCCUAGGUGUUGGCCGCGAGUAUUUCAGAGAAUUCUUUGAAGGAAAUGAUUCAAUAAUGAGACUAAACUACUACCCACCAUGCCAAAAACCCAAUCUAACUCUUGGAACCGGGCCUCACUGUGACCCUACAUCAUUGACAAUCCUGCAUCAGGAUCAGGUGUCUGGCCUUCAAGUGUUUGUAGAUGAAAAAUGGCACUCAAUCAGUCCCAAUUCAGAAGCUUUUGUUGUCAACAUCGGUGACACAUUCAUGGCCCUAUCAAAUGGGAUUUACAAGAGUUGCCUGCACAGAGCAGUGGUAAAUAGCCAAACUCCAAGGAAGUCUCUGGCUUUCUUUUUAUGCCCAAAGAUGGAGAAGGUGGUGAGCCCACCAAAUGGGCUGGUGGACGCCAACAAUCCAAGGAUAUAUCCCGACUUCACGUGGUCAUCGCUGCUUGAAUUCACGCAGAAACAUUAUAGGGCCGACACGAAAACCCUCCAUGUCUUCUCAAACUGGCUUCAACAGAAAAACAACUGA